AUGAAUCCCCCCGAUCCGCCAGACCUUGCCGCAGGCCAGACUGACCACCCUGUUACGCCAGCACUAUGCCACAUGGAUUGUGAUGACGUGCCUAUCCCGAAAGCCCCUAUUUCCUACAAAGACAUGGUCAUUGAUAUGCACCAAAGUUCCUCCACUGUUCAACAAUUGGAUAUCAAAAGCAUGGAUUAUACCCUAAUCGUCAAAGUUCUUGGCCGUAUGGUUGGCUAUAACACUCUGCAUAAUCGGAUCUAUACCAUCUGGAAGCCUUCUCAUCCUAUCAAUUUAGUCGAUAUUGAAAACAACUACUUCCUGGUUAAAUUCUCUUGUCAGCAAGACUAUCUCAAUGGUCUAUCAGAUGGCCCUUGGACUAUUUUCGGACAUUAUUUGACCAUUGAACCAUGGUCCGUCGAUUUCUGUUCGGCUCAAUCUCACCUUAGUCGAAUGAUUGCAUGGACACCGACGUUUCGCCCGUAUGGUUGUGAAUAUAAAUCUGUGCACCCCCUUGUUUCGAAAAUUGAUAUUAAUGGUCGAACCCAAAUUGUGGAAUAUGAGGCUCUUCCAACAGUCUGGUUCGAGUGUGGAAUUUAUGGGCAUGUGAAGGAUAUUUGUCCAAAAAUAAUAGCCGCCAGGGUGGGAGGAAUUACCUCCGAUAGUGCUCCCAAUUUGGAACCAUCACUGUCGCUUCCGAACUCAACAUCUCCUGCUCCGAAUGAGGCUUUUGGUCCGUGCAUGAUGGUAGAAAAGAAGAAGCGUAGUAACCAAAAGAAAUCCACGAAUACUACUAAGGAUAACGGAACAGGCAAUAUCAUUCCAUCGUCUUUUGCCUCCUUUAGCUCUGAAGAGUCUACCGAUGUAGUAGUUGAAGACCCUCAAGUUCCUUUUAUGGACUCUCCCUUCCAGAUGUCGCUGCUGCGGCUAACGUGA